ACAUGCUGUUCGAAGUCACUUCGCGGUUGGUGUUAGUCUUCUUGAAUCUUCGGAUGUGCCGCCGACUUUGCUAAAUCGCCAAAAUUUGCAUGAAAAUGAGGACAAGUCCGCGAAGACGAUUAAUCUAAGAAUAUUGAGGGCGAAGCAAUUAGCUAAACGGCGACACGUGCAAUAUAUUUUUGCUCAUUGAUAUCUAAUCAUUCAUUAUUUCGGUUUCCGGGCCUUUGCACGGUGUUGUUAUUUCGGCCUUUGUUGUGUUUUCGUUUCCUCGUUGCGAGGAGAAUUGGAGGUUAAAAACUAGCUGUAAUUGAAACAGACAGACUUUUGAGUUCACCUUGAUGAUGCCGCUUGUGAAAGAAGACCUGAAAUGUAAUGUUUCAGUUGAGUUCUUUACAAACUCGAUUCGCCAUGGCCAUUGAUGGAAUAACGAAGGUAUCAUCUGCGCACGUUUGGCUCAUGAUCCGGGAUUUCCCUCCUCAAAGUUGAUACCGAAAAUAUCAAUGUGGUGGUUCUAUAGUGACGAAAAGACAAACUAAACAAAUUACAGAAUUGUUUCUCAUAUUAUGACACAAUGCAAGCUGCGUGGUGUUUUACAAGCAUGACAGCUCUCUAGAUAUUUCAUUGCCUCGCGCCAUCUUGCAAUCGGAUAUAGUCCUUUGAACUUCAUUCUGCUGAGAGUCCUUCAAGUCGAUGAGACAUGUAUGGGCUGAUUCUGGAGAAUUUUCGUUGCGUAAUACUUGAGAAAUAUGGCGAAGCUGUCUGGAACAAAAUUGUGGAAAAAUCUCGAGUGAGGCACCACACUUUUGCAACACACAAAGUCUAUUCGGAAGACAUCAUUGUUCGCCUCAUUCAAGCAGCUACAGAAGAGACCAAGCACAGUUCGCAACAAGUUACCGAGGAUGUUGGAAUUCAUUUCCUCGGUUUUAUUGGUCAAUAUGGCUACGACAGAAUUUUAAAAGUGCUUGGUAGACAUAUGAGGGAUUUUCUGAAUGGCUUGGAUAAUCUUCACGAGUACCUACGAUUCACUUACCCAAAGUUAAAAGCACCUUCGUUUUUCUGCGACGAUGAAACGGAGCAUGGACUUAAACUACACUACCGCUCCUCACGUAAAGGCUUUCUUUACUAUGUCAUCGGUCAGAUCAAAGCAGUUGGCCGAUUCUUCUAUCAUAUCGACGUUGAAGUGGAACUUUUAUCUCAUACUGAGAGCAAGGAAGGAACGAAUGCCUUGUUUCAGCUGACGUUUGACAACAGCGUGUAUAUGGAAUCACGCCGAAGGCCAAAACGACACUCUGUCAUUUCAUUGAACGGGGAUGCCGAAAAUCUUAAAAUCCCCAUGGAAGUAUUUUACGAGGUUUUUCCUUUUCACAUUGUAUUCGAUGAGGAAAUGGUGAUUUCCAGCACGGGUAAUAGCUUGGAAGCCGUUCUACGGGGCCUUCCUGGAAAAAAGAUUUACUCACAGUUCACGCUAAUUCGACCCUUCAUGGAAUUCACCUGGGAAAAUGUGAGUGUUUAACUAUUAAGAUAUUGAAAGUAUUUUUAUUUGGUUGAAGACCAACCUUGUAAAUACAGACACCAUAGUCAACUAAUGAAAAAUGGUGUUGCGUGUCAUCUUUUAAUUAUAUUCAGAAAUAUGCAUAUGUUUUCCCAAUAUUCGUACAUUUCAAUAAGAAGGUUUAAUGUUGAAGGAGAAAGUGAUCACAAUAAAUAGCUUUUGUAUUGUUUUCAUUUCUUGAUAAAAAUCAACCCUCACCUCAAUACAAACCAGAGCUGUCGUUUAUAUUAUUUUUUCUUUUCACGAAUUAGGGGGUUUUAUCUUUAAGAAAAAGGGGAUUUGAUUAGUGCUAACCUGAAAAUUAGCCCUUUUAGUUUUUUCCUUUUAUACCCCCCAAAAAUUAUUUUAUUUAUCUUUUGAGCCAUAUGAGCCAUAUUUCAGUUUAUACAUGUGGAAACAAAGUUAAUAUGUUCACAUUAACUGGCUAUGUUACUGGUCAUUUCUACCAAAGCAACCUUCUCCAAGUUAUAUUUUAGAAGUAUUUAGUAACCUUGGGGUGUUACAUUUAACAGCCAUUGGUAGUUUCUUGGUGUUGCAUAGCAGAUGUGGUCACCAUGAGCCAUAAUACAAAACAUCAAAAAGGCACCAACUUAUAAACACAGCACCCCAACUGCUACCAUUAUAUAACAUAUACAGCUUGAAGUCUAUCAAUUCAUGUGAUGUUGCUCUGUUGGUUAGGAGUUGUUUAGUAUUUUGUUAUGUCAAGUCAAAGAGCUUUAUUUUAGAUACCUUGAUGAAAUGUUUGCGUAUUGUAAAGCCUUCUUAUUAUUGUUUGAUUACUGACAUAGUGUGUGACACAACCAUUUCUCACAUUAAUCAUGCAUCAUGCAUAAAACACUAUAACUGUAAUUUUAUGCUUAUAAUUUGAUAUCAAAAGGAAAUGUUGUGUUCUGAAUGCCUAGUAGCAUUUUAGAUAUAGAUGGGAGAGAUAAAGUGUUAAAAUGUUUUCACGAUAAAUCAGUAUCUUAAAACUUACAAACGCAACCAAAAAAUGAUUUCAUGAAAAUAAAAGGCGACCGUUUCAUGAUUGAAGAAGAAAUAACUCCGCUUCACAUAACUCAUUGUUUUAAUGUUUAAAAUAAUAUGUUAUUUCACUCAUACAGCCUGUCUUAUUGUUAAAAAAAUACGUUAUUUUACUCUUAUAGUCUGUCAAUGUAAUACAUUUUGCCUUUCUCAGAGUAAAGACAUUCAUGGUAAUCCAAAACUCAUUUUAAGGUUUGACGCACUUUCAAAUUACCAGAAAACAUGCAAAAUGAUUGGCAUUCCACGCAUCAAUGUUAUGGUGUAUGAGAGUUAUUUUUAGAGUUUCUAAUGUAAUUUUAAUUAACACAUGUUUUUAUUUAACAGUUUUUGGUGUUUCUGUGUUUGUUGAGUCCACUUCCUUUCUCUCUUCAGCCUAAAAUAGUAGUGGCAAAGUAAAUUUGAAAUGUUUUGUUUACAAGAAAGAGAAGUAUUGUGUUUGAUAUUCAUAUACAUACUGAGACUUACUGUCUGGUGCACAGACAUUGAGCCAUAAAGUAAUAUCCGUGAUGAGAUGUGGGUGAACCACAUGUUAAAAGUAAUGUUCACCUUACUUUCUGUUUGUCUUUUCUAAAUCAUUUUGUCCCUUUUCCAUAAGUAGUUAUAGUCCAAGUUUAAGACAAAUUUUAUCAGUAAAAAUAGAGUUGCAGGUGUUAGGGAUGUUAACAUUGGUGUAAAACUUGACCCCAACCUUGCCCAGUUUGUGGCGUUUAUCUAUGAAAUUAAUAUUUCAUUGAAGUAAACUUCCUCUGUUCCCUACAUGUAUUUGGGCCAGAAGCAAUUUUUUUUAUUUUUAGGCAAGAUAAAACAUAAAUAUUCUUUAACCCUUUGUUCUUAAGAUCUUGUUCUUGUAUGGUGCUGUAGGCAUACUGCUGUUUAAAAAACAAAAGUGCAGCAUUGCAGUGUUUAUUAAAGACAACAAUAAUGUUUACUGUUUUGUUCUGCUUUUCCAUGCAUUUCCAAGUUUAUGAAGUAGAAUGUUUUUGGCAGUGGGUAGAUGUGCAAGUGGUUUUGAAAAGUCCAUUUUAAUGUUGUGAACUGUUACUUCUCUCUGAGUGGGGGAGCAGGGUAGGAUUUAACCUUAUCAUUCCCUUGGAAAUCAUGUGAAGAAAAUGAAAAUCUGAAGUUUCACUGUGUAUUGCAAAAGAGUUAUCAUUUGAUAGAUAACUCCAUUAAAAAAAACCUUCCGCACACUUGAUCAUUAGAACAAAACACAUUUGUUGCUGUGUAUGGUUAUGUUUGAUUUGUUUUCUCGUUGUUGUUGUUUCUGUAACCCAGGACAACAAGAUAAACACAUCUGACAGCUUUGGAUAAAUUAAAAACUUAAGCCCUUUUAAAAGAAAAAAUAAAGGGAGGAAAAAAAUCAACCAUACGAGGACACAGAAUAAAUCUGAGCCCCAGAUUGGAUUCGAACCUACAAACCUCUGUGUUCUAGAUCACGAACAUGGAGGGUCAUGGGUUUGAAUCCCAUCUGGGGCUCAGAUUUUUUCUGUGUCCUCGUAUGGUUGAUUUUUUUUCUCCCUUUAUAUCUCCCUUUAUUUUUUCCGCUAUAAUAUUAAACUCUUUUACAAUUUAUAUUAAGUCAGGUCAAAAUCUACGUCCCUCAGUUUGGAACAGCAAACGCAGUGCAUUACUUUAACUUAAAUCAUGAACUUCCUAGAGCAGUGUUUAUGUGAGUGUAACUCUCUCAUCUGCAAAGGCUCCCACUGAUUAACAAAAUAUUGGAAAAUGGUGAUAAUGUUUAAUAAUUAAAAUUUACAUGUAUAAUAUAUUAUGCAAAUGUAUCUACAUAAAGGUAAUCAGAUCCAUGAGUGCAGGCCUCUGUAGAUCAGAGGUGAGAGAAAUGUCAGGAGAAAUAAUAUUAUGAAUUAUUUGGGUUAAGAGUGCUGUACUGUACUGUUUCACAUCUCAUUCAGAAAUGUACAUUGUAUCAAAAAUAGGCCACUUCCGAGUUCUAAAAAGCCUCACUUUCAAAAUGAGCCUAGCUGCACAACCUUUUGUGUGAAAAUGAGUUUUAUUUGCAUGAAGAUGAAAAAUGAUUUCCAUAUCAAAGGCUGAGCACCUACCCUUGUUUUGAAACAGAGGCCCGGGGGAACUCAGAAAUGGCCUAUAGUGACGCACCAGGGAUGUAGCUAAGAAAACGCUAAGCAGGCUUUUUUAUUUGUCAAGCCGGGUUUUUUACUCAAUUCCACCUUCAAAAUGUCCCCAUGUCUUGGUUUUCCUUCGCAAUUUGAACCAGUGGUAGCAGGGCAGUCUAUAAGGGCCGGUAGCCGGCCAAAACUGCCAGCUAGUUAGCCAUCCUUAGCUGGCUACUUUCAUCUCCUUCUACCAUAACUGCUAACAAAAUAUAAGCACCAUCGAAUAAAAUAGUAAAGCAUCAGUUUCCCAGUUUUGAAUGACAUUGAAUGCAUAUUUUAUAAACAGGUUUAGACCUGUGAAAUGUCAACUAUAACGUUCGAAACCGUGCGAUGUCUUGGAAUGCCUUGGACAUUUUGACCGCAUUGUUCCCAGUCUUGCAGACAGUCUUGUAUGUAUGCCAACAAAACACAUGGCAUCCGCAGUGGAAAAUACCUCUUGAGAACCAUUUCUGAGACUCUAAAUUUCAAAAUGUCCCUGGAUGCUUCGGCCCUCAAGAACUUGUGCCUUUGGUGCGAGUUCCGAAGCUGCCUACUAUUCAUUAUCAGCCUGCUACUUAAAAACUUUUUGACAGCCCUGGUGGUGGGCUCUUUUUCAGCCACUCUAGUUAGCCAGCAGCUGGCUCUUAGUGACAUGCCUCGAUGCAUAUGCAGAAUUUUUUGUUUCGCUUUUUAGAGAUUUCCAUGGUCAUCCUUGUUACUUGAUCCCCUUUAUGUUUUGGGCUGCUUGUAUAAAAUUAAUACAAUAAGAGAUUGUUGGUUUCUUGACUCAUGUGAGGAACAAAGAGCACUACUCCUAAUCUAAUACAGGUCAUUGGCUGAUUUCAUGGGGAAGGCAGGCACCUUCAUCUAGAUCCCUACCCCUCUUCAGCCUCUUACUAUCAGAAAUUCCACAACAGUUUUAUUUGGAAAGUAAGUUGAAUGAGUGAUUGCUUACAGGAGGUGGUGGUACCUACAUAUAUGUAUUUGUUUCCAUUGUGAGAUCAGAUACCAUAUUUCUAAUAGCAGUAUUUGUACUUUUAAGGUGAGAACACACACAAAUGUUGUGUUUGAAGUCCAGUCAAUGGAGGCGGUAGUGCUGCCAAUGGACGGUGAUCUUCAGAAUGGGGAGGUGAUGGUGAAUGGAACGGAAAAGGAAGGCUCUGGUGACCUGUGUUUCAUCCACCUCAAAGGACAGAUGUUGUACAUGGAGGAGUGGAAUUCAAUGGUUUACCUUUCAACCCCAAUGUAAGUUUUAAGAACACUGGGGCCCGGUUCCUGAAAGGCCGAUUAGCGUUAAUCCAGGGUUAAAAUUUUGUUCCGUUUUUGUAUUUCACAUUGCUAUGCAUUGAUUUGGGUAACAUUUUGUGUUAUCAUUACUGUAUCUCGUAGUAGAGGCUCAGCAGUAUUUUGUAACCUCGAGUUGCAUGUUCUUAGACAGGAAAACCGUGCUUAAAAUUUGUCUUCAUCCUGGGUUAAACUUAACCAUCUUUCGAGGAACCUGUCCCAGCAGUCUUGAUAUUCUGAAUAACACUGCACAAUAGAAAGCAGUUCGGAAUUAGCAUAAACUGCCCUGUUAUCAAAGAUUGAAGCUGAGUUAACAGAACUUUUAGCCAGUCAGUUCAAGUUACUUUAAUUUCUGUUUUUCUUUUUUCAAAGGCUUUUGACUUAUGUAUGUGGCAAAUAGUAUUACAGUAGUCGUUUUAACUGUAGCUGUAGCAAAUGUUACUGUGUUCCUUUUUCAGAAUUGAGAAACUAGAGAUGAUGCACAGUCUUGGACUGUACAUCAAUGACCUGAGCAUGCAUGAUUCUAGCAGAGAUCUUGUUUUAGCUGGAACACAGCAGUCAGCAGAACUAAGAUUGGCCCUUGAUCAGGUACCAAAAAAAAUUGAUUAUUGUAUGACACUUAAGAAACAGUGUUUAUGGUUGAAAUUUUUUAUAGAGAUAUGACAUGUAGUUUAAAGUGCGUUAUCCUGUGAAAGUUACCUCUGAUAAUAUAUUAGAACUUCAUGUUUUCUCUUUGAACCUCUACCCUCACAAGAUGUCUUGAAACUCUUCCAACUCAAAAAAGCUAACUUUGCACCAUCCAUUUAUUAGGAGCUUCUGAAAAGUGCUAAGCUUGAAGAGAGCAUGAAAGAGCUGGAUAUAGAAAAGAGGAGGACAGAUUCAUUGCUGUAUCAAAUGAUCCCUAGAUCAGUGGCUGAUAGGCUACGACAGGGUGAACCAGCGCUCAAUACUUGUGAGGUAUUUACCUUCAAUAUUUUUUAGAUAAAAACAGUUUACCAGCAACCAUAACCCUAAACCAACAAUACCGUUCACUUUUGUUUCAGAUGUUCCAUGAUGUUUCUGUCCUGUUCAGUGAUGUGGUGGGAUUCACGCACAUCUGUUCACUAAUCAGUCCCAUGGAAGUGGUCACCAUGUUAAACAACAUGUACACAGCAUUUGAUCAGAUCUCAGAGGAGCAUAAUGUUUACAAAGUAGGUAUAUAAGUAGCAGAGGUCUAAAGUAAGGAUACUUUCAACCUUGGGGGAGAUGGAGCAGGUAACUCUUAAUCCUUUGUUUUUCUUAAAGGUUGAGACAAUUGGUGAUGCAUACAUGGUGGUGAGUGGUGUUCCUGAAAGAAGCAAAUAUCAUGCGGAGCAUGUCGCAGAUCUUGCACUUGACAUGAUUUCUGCNAUUUGAUCAGAUCUCAGAGGAGCAUAAUGUUUACAAAGUAGGUAUAUAAGUAGCAGAGGUCUAAAGUAAGGAUACUUUCAACCUUGGGGGAGAUGGAGCAGGUAACUCUUAAUCCUUUGUUUUUCUUAAAGGUUGAGACAAUUGGUGAUGCAUACAUGGUGGUGAGUGGUGUUCCUGAAAGAAGCAAAUAUCAUGCGGAGCAUGUCGCAGAUCUUGCACUUGACAUGAUUUCUGCCAUGCCAACACUAGUGGAUCCAUCAAAAUCAUCCCCUCAUCUCCGAAUAAGAGUAGGUAAGGACAUACUCCUAAGUUGUGCGGCGUACAGAAAGUACAAGUGUAAUCUUGGGUCAACCGUUCUUUUAACAGUAGGAAGCUUAAGCAACAACGACGGCGACGGCUACGAAAACGGCGCUAAAAAGUGAAGUCGCGCUGCUUCAAAGUUUAUGGCGCUUAUUCAAUCCCGUCUAAUUCGUCAAACGUUGGCAAUUUUUUUGGAGUUGAAUUCUAAAAGACUGAAUGGAAGUUCAGGAAUUCGAAAGGAGAGAGAAAGUCGUUAUCUUGUGUUCACAAAACUUGAAAUUUGGCAUUUUCACGUCGUAGUAGUCGUGCAGUAACGGAAACGAAAUGUGCAAAAAAGCGUGGUGCACCUUCAAAAUUGUUGUUUUGCCGAUCUAAACCUAUGGCGCCGUUCUCGUUGACGUCGCCGUCGUUGUUGCUUAAGCUCCCUAAUGUUACUGGAAUGCUGACUUUCAGCUAAUGUUCCUAAAUAUUUACUUUGUCUCAGGAACUUAGUGCCAGACACUUUCUUUUUGAAACUACAUACGCCCUUUCUUUUUUCUCACAGGUGUUGCUUGUGCAUAGGGCAGUUAUGAUGAAAACAUAUUAUCGUAGCCAUUGUAUCGAGUAUUCAACUAGCCCUAGACUAUGUUUGAGUUUUGUUGCAUGCUGAGGCUGCCAACAAUUGUCUUACUACUUAAAUUUAAAUCUUUUAUGCAAUUUUACAGUGGUUGAUUCAGGAGAGCCCCCCCUUAUUUUUAGACCAGACUGAGGCCCAAAGGGCCGAAAAUUCUUUUUUUGAGAGUGUUCCCCCCCCCCUUAUCUAAAGGUCUGGAUAACCGGGCACCCCCCUUAUCUCAAGGUCUGGAAACAGCACUGAAUUAUUUUACAAUUGUGAAACAACAGGUGUCCACACAGGGAUGGUUGUAGCAGGAGUUGUUGGGGUAAAGAUGCCUCGCUAUUGUUUGUUUGGGGACACAGUCAACACAGCAUCGAGGAUGGAGUCCACAGGAUUGGUAAGUAAUUAUAGCCAUAAGUGUCAGUGAGUUUUAUGCCUUAUCUGAUUUAGUUGUGAUUUAUGGCAUAGGUAGUGUAAACAAAAUUAUUUAUUGCUAUCAUAUACAUUACGGUAUGUAUUAUUAAUACAGCAGAUCGAAGAUUUUGGAUACAAGGCCUAAACAGAGAGGAAGCGCCUUUUUCCGCUUCCCUUUUCAGCGCAAAAUAUCGGAAGUGACUUGAUGGAAAACUUUGAUAUAACCAGCAAUACGUAUACCAGACUGACCAAAACGACGAUCGUCUUGUCCAGAGGACGUUCAUACCUGUAACAGGCGGGGAUAAUGAAAUAAUUGUCUAUAUAUCGCGACAUGAGUUUUCACGUACCCAUGUCGCGCUAUAUUAACUAUGAACGGUCCAUGUACGGCACACAUCUUAGCUUCUCAAUAGAAGCGAUCCCCCGAGUGAUAAGAUAGGAUAGGAGUGACAGAAAAGGCUUUUAAUUCCAACAAUAACGAUGGUCCUUACCUUGCGAAGAUUACGGUCAAGAAAAAAAUCACAAAUGGUAUCGCGCUAAGUACCAAAAUUCGAAGAAGGCUAAAGAUUUGAAUGAUCACACAGACACUACUGAAUUGCGUUUAGGAUUACUACCUGAACAGGAAACUCUGGUAACAAGAGGGCUAAAUAUGACGCCAAAAAAAUCAGUCUUCUUUAAACAGCUUUUUGGUCAAAAUGGCAUACUUUAGGUGGACCCACGCUUAAGUCUUGAAUGUAAAGCGAAAUUUGCCUGGUCCCUGUACGAAGUUUUCGCAGACCCUCUCGGUCAAUUCACUUCGGUGACCUAUCCGAGGCGAGCAUUUUCGCUUGGACGACGUGACCCCAAGCGCUUUGGCCGCGCGGAAUAAUGAGGCCAAGGGACUAGGUAAAAGCGAAUUUAAGCAGCCGUACGAUAGUAUCGUCCAUCACAUAUAACAAGCAUUUUGUUACAACUUCAAAUUUGUCAUCCAUAGGCCAUGAAAAUCCACAUCAGUGAGACUACUUACAACUGUCUACAACUGGCAAACUACAGCAUGAAGCUGAGAGGAAGCAUUGAAGUUAAGGUGACAUGACACUCUGUAAUGAUAAAUUUUAGUUACAUUUCCUUUCCGAGAAGAUAAUUUGGAAAACAAAUUGUUUUACACAUUUUAACCACCCACUGUUUUUCUUUUCAGUCUUAAUUUCUUAUCACAUUAUUUUAGAUCUAAGGGUUGAAACUGUAUCUUUCAUUUCAAAUCAUUUGUACGUACAAGAACCUUUGAAAACGAUUUGCUUUGCUUUGAGACACAGUGUGGUCAAACGAUUUGAUUUGCUUUUGGGCAUAGCGUGGUCAAAUUUUGCAGUGAAACUAGAGGCAAGUGUUGUUUCAAUGAAUGAUUUACAAGCGAAUACCUUAUGUAUCCAUGUAAGCCGUCACUUGGGCAUUAGAGUACACUUCAGCACUAUUAACCGCUAUUAACCGACAAGUUCCAAGAGUGACCAAAAUCCAGUCUCUCCCAGCAAUAUCAAUACAUAGUCUAGAGAAAAGGCUAUGAUAAUUAUAUGCUAUCAACUAAUUGUUUUAAGGGGCAGUUUUGUUGGUUUUUUGGGGAUAUGAUGUUGAUUUGGGAAGGAAAUAAGGGUAGAAAAGGUAUACACAUAAACCAGCUAAUGGGAUGAGAGGCACCUUGUUGUGGUGGUGGACUAUCUGGUAAAUAGAGAGAUUAAGAUUCACGUUUACUGCAAACGGCAAACGUCAGACUCAGAUUGAGAAUUUCUCAGAAUAGGAAAUAAGCAGAUAAAAACUGUCCAGAACGAUUCCUUUGGUUAAAACUGGCAUAAAUCUGCUUAUUUUUGUGUAGAAUAAUAAAGAGUAAAUAGAGAACAAGAGAAAAACUUGGUCACGUGGAACAAAUUCACGUCUGCCGUUUGGCGUAAACGUGAAUCUUAAUUUCUCUAUUGUCUACUAGUUAUUCACUUCAUACUUUAAUUUUUAACAGCCCCCAAAUCCAAAUAUUUUCCAAUUUUUCCAACAUUUUAUGCAUCCCCCCCUGAUUUUUAUACAUUAAAAAUAUUCGAAAAAUUAUCCAAAAAUCAUCCAAAAAAUAUUGAAUUAAGGACUCUAACUAAAUUGCGUCCUUUUUUGAUUGAAUGAAAUGUUUGCUAGAUAUUGAAGGAAAGGGGUGGUAAUCAACGAACAAUAAUGCUUUUAACCAGACUACUGCCCCCUGAAGGCAAUGUCUGGAGAAUUUUUAUGUGUAAUUUUGGGGUUAAAGGGUUAAGUAAAAUUUCCUUUUAAUAUCGAGGGAUCAAGUGCUUUAUAUUUGAGGGUCAUGGUAAGCUUUUUUUCCGUGCCUGUAGGGAAAAGGAGGGAUGAAAACAUACUGGCUUGUUGGAAGGAAUGGAAUGGGAGAAACAGCACAGUCGUACAUGUCGUUUGUCGGCGGUAGCCAUCCAAUUGCAAUCCACACCGAGUCUGACGAUGCUAUACUCUUAAUCCUUUGUUUUUCUUAAAGGUUGAGACAAUUGGUGAUGCAUACAUGGUGGUGAGUGGUGUUCCUGAAAGAAGCAAAUAUCAUGCGGAGCAUGUCGCAGAUCUUGCACUUGACAUGAUUUCUGCGAUGCCAACACUAGUGGAUCCAUCAAAAUCAUCCCCUCAUCUCCGAAUAAGAGUAGGUAAGGAGAUACUCCUAAGUUGUCCACUGUACAGAAAGUACAAGUGUAAUCUUGAGUCAACCGUUUUUUUAACAGUAGGGAGCUUAAACAACAACGACGGCGAUGGCUAUGAAAGCGGCACUAAAAAGUGAAGUCGCGCUGCUUCAAAGUUUAUGGCGCUUAUUCAAUCCCCUCCAAUUCGUCAAUUGUUGGCAAUUUUUUUGGAGUUGAAUUCUAAAAGACUGAAUGGAAGUUCAGGAAUUCGAAAGGAGAGAGAAAGUCGUUAUCUUGUGUUCACAAAACUUGAAAUUUGGCAUUUUCAUGUCGUAGUAGUUGUGCAGUAACGGAAAUGAAAUGUACAAAAAGGCGUGGUGCACCUUCAAAAUUGUUGUUUUGCCAAUCUAAACCUAUGGUGCUUUUCUCGUUGACGUCGCCGUUGUUGUUGCUUAAGCUCCCUAAUGUUACUGUAAUGCUACCUUUCAGUUAAUGUUCCUAAAUAUUUACUUUGUCUCAGGAACUUAGUGUCAGACACUUUCUUUUUGAAACUACACACACACUUCUUUUUUUCUCAAAGGUGUUGCUUGUGCAUAGGACAGUUAUGAUGAAAACAUGUCACUGUAGUCAUUGUAUGGAGUAUUCAACUAACCGCAGACUAUGUUCAAGUUUUGUUGCAUGCUGAAGCUCCCAAAGAUUGUCUUAUUGCUUGAAUUUAAAUCGUUUAUGCAAUUAUUCUGCAAUUGUGAUACAACAGGUGUCCACACAGGGAUGGUUGUAGCAGGAGUAGUUGGGGUAAAGAUGCCUCGCUAUUGUUUGUUUGGGGACACAGUCAACACAGCAUCCAGGAUGGAGUCGACAGGAUUGGUAAGUAAUUCUGUUGGCCAGAACCUUUUUAGAACCUCUAAUUUGAUAGGUUCUUGUUGACCCGAAGCUCUAUUGUUUCAGAGUUGGGAUUCAUUGUUAGUUUUGUUUGGGUUAGGGCUAUCUAUUGUUUUCUAAACCAAUCAGAUCCUGUGAGCCAUUCUUAGAGCUUCCAGCCCACCCAAGUAAUUAUAGCCAUAAGUGUCAAUGAGUUUUAUGCCUUAUCUGAUUUAGUUGUGAUUUAUGGCAUAGGUAGUGUAAACAAAAUUAUUUAUUGCUGUCAUAUACAUUACGGUAUGUAUUAUACAGCCGAUCGAAGAUUUUGGAUUCAAGGUCUAAUUGGAAAGGAAGUGUCUUUUUAGCUUACUUUAUGAUUCAAGCACCAGGAAAGAAGUUUCCCUUUUCAGUGCAAAAUAUCGGAAGUGACUUAAUGAAAAACACUGAUGUAACCAGUUAUACGUAUACCAGACUGACCUUAACGACGGUCGUCUUGCCCAGAGGACGUUCCAUAUCUGUAACAGGCGGUGAUAACGGAAUAAUUGUCUUUAGUAAAAUCAAACUAGUGGUCUAUUAUCAAUGCUGCGUUCUGAUUGGUUGAGCUACUACUAGGCUAUAUGUUAUAGCCCACUACUAGCGAAAAGCGCCUGAUUUUUGUCGGCAAAAAAAGAUUAAAGUCUUGCUUUAAGUUGUUUUGUCUCGAUAUUUUUGACCAACUAGUUGGAUUUUACUAUAAAACAAUUAUUCCUCUCGCCCCCAUGGCCUCUGAUUCAAUAGCCGUCGGCCUUUGGCCUCUUGGGCUAUUGACUCAGAGCCCAUUCGGGCUCGAUGAAUAAUUGUUAAAUAUAUGGCGAUAUCAGUUUUCACAUACCUAUGUCGCGAUAUAUUAACUAUGAACGGUCCAUGUAAGGCACACAUCUUCGCCUCGCAAUAGUAGCGAUCCCCCGAGUGAUAAGAAAGGAUAGUAGUGACAGAAAAGGCUUUUAAAUCCAGCAAUAACGAUGGUCGUUACCUUGCGAGGAUCACGGUCAAGAAAAAAUCUAAAAUGGUAUCGCGAUAAGUACCGAAUUUCGAAGAAGGCUAAAGAUUUGGAUGAUCACACUACUGGAUUGCGUAUUUAGGAUUAAUACCUGAACAGGAAACUGUGGUAACGAAAGGGCUAAAUAUGACGCCAGAAAAUCAGCUUUUUUUAAAAGCAACUUUUUUGGUCAAAAUGGCACACUUUAGGUUGACCCACGCUUACGUCUUGAAUGUAAAGCGAAAUUUGCCUGGUCCCUGUACGACGUUUUCGCAGUCCCUCUCGGUCAAUUCACUUCGGUGACCUAUCUGAGGCGAACAUUUUCGCUUGGAAGACGUGACCCCAAGCGGUUUGGCCGCGCGGAAUAAUGAGGCCAAGGGACUAGGUAAAAGCGAAUUUAAGCAGCCGUACGAUAGUAUCGUCCAUCACAUAUAACAAGCAUUUUGUUACAACUUCAAAUUUCUCAUCCAUAGGCCAUGAAAAUCCACAUUAGUGAGACUACUUACAACUGUCUACAACUGGCAAACUACAGCAUGAAGCUGAGAGGAAGCAUUGAAGUGAAGGUGACAUGAAACUCUGUAAUGAUAAAUUUUAGUUACACUUCCUUUCCCAGAAGAAGAUAAUCUGGAAAACAAAUCGUUUUACACAUUUUAACCACCCAUUGUUUUUCUUUUCAGUCUUAAUUUCUUAUCACAUUAUUUUAGAUCUAAGGGUUGAAACUGUAUCUUUCAUUUCAAAUCAUUUGUACGUAGUGGAACCUUUGAAAACGAUUUGCUUUGCUUUGAGGCACAGUGUGGUCAAACGAUUUGAUUUGCUUUUGGGCACAGUGUGCUCAAAUUUUGCAGUGAAACUAGAGACAAGUGUUGUUUCAAUGAAUGAUUUACGAGCGUAUACCGUAUGUAUCCAAGUAAGCCGUCACUUCAGCAUUAGAGUACACUUCAGCACUGGAAUGCUAUUAACCUACAAGUUCCAAGAGUGACCAAAAUCAAGUUUUUCCCAACAAUAUCAAUACAUAGUCUAGAGAAAAGGCUAUGAGAAUUUAUAUUCUAUCAACUAAUUUUUUCAAGGGGGCAGUUUGGUUGGUUUUUUGGGGAUAUGAUGUUGAUUUGGGAGGGAAAUAAAUAAGGGUGGAAAAGGUAAACACAUAAACUAGCUAAUGGGAUGAGAGGCACCUUGUUGUGGUGGUGGACUAUCUGGUAAAUAGAGCGAUUAAGAAUCACGUUUACUGCAAACGGCAAACGUCAGACUCAGAUUGAGAAUUUCUCAGAAUAGGAAAUAAGCAGAUAAAAACAGUCCCGAACGAUUCCUUUGGUUAAAACUGGCAUAAAUCUGCUUAUUUUUGUGUAGAAUUAUAAAGAGUAAAGGGAGAACAAGGGGAAAACUUGGUCACGUGGUACAAAUUCACGUCUGUCGUUUGGCGUAAACGUGAAUCUUAAUCUCUCUAUUGUCUACUAGUUAUUCACUUCAUACUUUAAUUUUUAACAACCCCCAAAUCCAAAUAUUUUCCACUUUUUUCAAAAUUUUAGGCAUCCCCCCCCCUAAUUUUUAUACAUUAAAAAUUUUCGAAAAAUUAUCCAAAAAUCAUCCAAAAAAUAUUGAUUUAAGGACUCCAACUAAAUUGCGUCCUUUUUUGAUUGAAUGAAAUCUUGGCUAGAUAUUGAAGGAAAAGGGUGGAAAUCAACGAAAAAUAAUGCUUUUAACCAGACUACUGCCCCCUGAAGGCAAUGUCUGAAGAAUUUUUAUGUGUAAUUUUGGGGUUAAAGGGUUAAGUAAAAUUUUCUUUUAAUAUCGAGGGAUCAAGUGCUUUAUAUUUGAGGGUCAUGGUAAGCUUUUUUUCCGUGCUGGUAGGGAAAAGGAGGGAUGAAAACAUACUGGCUUGUUGGAAGGAAUGGAAUGGGAGAAACAGCACAGUCGUACAUGUCGUUUGUCGGCGGUAGCCAUCCAAUUGCAAUCCACACCGAGUCUGACGAUGCUANAUUUGAGGGUCAUGGUAAGCUUUUUUUCCGUGCCUGUAGGGAAAAGGAGGGAUGAAAACAUACUGGCUUGUUGGAAGGAAUGGAAUGGGAGAAACAGCACAGUCGUACAUGUCGUUUGUCGGCGGUAGCCAUCCAAUUGCAAUCCACACCGAGUCUGACGAUGCUACAUCACAUCAUUCUACCUUGGGAAACAUCAAUCUUCAGAUGAACACGACGGUGGUGUCCGAAGAGGAUGAGAAGACUUUGAACGGGGCUGAUGAAGGGAAUGAAAUAAUAAACCCACAAAAAGAUUGUCCUGUUGCAUACUACGGCCAUGUUCCCCACACGCCUGCUAAUGAUGGUGCGCACUUUAAGUGGGAAGAGAAGGUUUGAAAUUUUUGUGGUAUAAUUUUUUUUAAAUUUAUGUCUGCUAAUUGUUUACAUUUGGUCAAAGGAACACUGCCUUUAAAUGUCUGAGUCGUAUUACUUUUUAAUUGUUGAGAUUUCAUGUACGAUAAAGAGGAAACACGGCUAACUCUUGUAUAAAAUAGAUGGUGAAUGUUUUUUGUCGCCUCAAAAUGAUGAGCUCAUACAUGUUCGUUGAAAACGAUUCUCCCAAACAAACAUUUGUCGUCAAAUGGCGCUAGCAAUGCCACAGUUUCCGUUUACAAACGCUUCGUCAGUCAAGUGUAAAAACAUUUGAACCGCAUGAUUGGUCAGGUAUCAACAUUUUUAACGGUAAAAAAUGAAAGCCUUAGCUGCAGUGUACGUAGCUUUUCUGAGUUUAUUCUUUUAGUAUCUGAACACAACACCCCUUGUGGACGUUGAGAUGCAAGGUGCUACUCCAAAAAGUGUAUAGUGAUUGAAUACACUACAUUUGAAAAUUUAACUGUUAUAUGUACUCUCUGAUUUUCAGGGCAAUUUAAACAAUGACUCUUUGAUCAAAGAGAAUUCUUCUGCCGUAGAUGAGCAGGCCAAAUCAAAGAAGGAAAAUAAGCCCUCUAACACCGCGUCAACAUCAUUGUGUAAUCUUUUGUAACUUAUUACAACUGUUCUUCUAUCGAGUGCUCGGUAUUGAAUUGGAAUUAUUAUUUUUGCAUGGGAGGUGUCAUUGUUUUUGAAAAUUUAAUUUUUAUUCUUUGGGUUUGUACAGUACUUCAAGCCUGUUUUGAACUACUUUUUAAUGUAUAAUUUCUAUUUAGUUAUUUCCUUUUUUACUGUAUUGAAAAUUUUCGGGAUAUUUUUAUUUUGUACGUUAAACGUCAAAGAUAUCCGAUAUCUAACAUAGCAUAAGGGAAAAAGCACUUUGAAAUUUAUUCUAAACUAUUUAAAGGGCGUUUGUAAGAUGCUUUGGAAUUAAGUUAUUUGGGUUAAGCUGUAUUAAUUUAUGAUCGUAAUUGUCGGGGCAAAUGUCCUCGCAUUUCAUAUCAUUGAAAAAAGACCUGAUUCAUGUUUGAUAUGGGGUCACCAAAAAGGAAGCAGUUUAGGGAGGUGAUCCUUUACCCCUUUGAGAAACGGACUACAUGCGUGCUUGAGUACUUUAGAAGGGGCAGGGUAGGCUUUAAAAAGAUGGGUUUUACUUGGGCACCAUAGACAGUUACAGAUUUAAUAUAGGUGUUCGCCGUAGAGAGGUGACAUUCUAGAAAUAUAUGUUUCGUAGUUGGUGAUGCUUGCAUACCUCAGAUAGGUGGACUCCUUAAGGAGGCCGUCACCUUAAAAGUUGGGGGGUACAUAAGAGAUGUACACACCUCAAAGACGUCGGUGCCUCAGAGGUUCGGAAUCUUAGUAAGGUGUGUGCCUCAGAGUGCUUGCUCUCUUAACCAUAAAGAUGUUUAAUUGGCAUCUCAGUCGUAAAAAAAAACUGUAUCAGUUAAGAUUACUUUUUAUUUUAUUUUAUUUUUUUACUGCUUUAAUGUUUAUUUCGUGCUGUCUUGUAAAUGUAUAUUAUUUGUGUUUCCCGUUGCAUCUUACCUGAAGACUCACCCCAUCUUCCUGGUUUCUAGUUGGUCUGAAGCACCAAACGCUGUAUAUCGUAAUUAAAUGAGUAUACAAUUUAACCGAAAAAGGUUCCAUUUUCAGGGAAUUUAUCAAAUGACCUGGUUUCGAAGCGGUUGGCAUACUGGGCUUCUCUUACUGAAAUGUUAAUAAUGUUGUUUGAUGCAAUUAGUACUUAAUUGUAUCACAGCAAACAGACACUCGAACCAAAACAAAUUAAACUCAGGAAAAGAGUCCUAAUACAACAGAGUCAAUACCCGUUGGCCCCAUAAACUAAACUGAAGUUAGCCUGAGUAUCAGGCGUUUCUGCGGAAAAAAGGGAAAGAUGGAGUCGAAAAAGGGAGAGAGUUAUACUCAGGCUAAAUUGAAGUUGUAUUUCGAAAUCGUGGCUCUUGUUCUGAUAAACGUUUUGAAUUGUGGGCAAAAUUAGCGAAAGCUGAUAGCGUCGGUCUUGUUGAUUAAGCUGCGCUGGGCUUGUCUAUUGACGCCGAUAAACCUUCUCUUGACACUAGAGAGCCUAUGGGUUCACUAGAUAGCGCUAACGUUAGUUUGUAGAUAAACUCCUUUGAGUUAAGGUGUUUGACGUUCUAAAGACAAAUAUGUCAGACAUGAUCUAAAUCAUUUCAAUUAAUAAUACUUAUGAACAAAUUCUUGUGGGGUUGUAUGAUUCUAAUUUUGAAUUAGGUUUGAAUUUUUACUGGGCUUUGGAAAAGUUAAUUUAUAUUACAACUUGAAACGAUUGAAUACGUUACGUAAUCGUAUUUGGAGCCAGCCAACAUAUUAAUGUAUAAUUAUUAUGUUAAGUAUGCAAAAUAAUUUGUACAUUGAGAAGGGAAAGUAUAUGAAUAUCGGGCAGGGUUUGCAGUUGCGGCGUCUGGGAAAAAUACUGCUUUGUUAUUUAUCUGGGUUAGUCGUUAAUUUCCUGUCUCAGUAAGUGUAUAACACAUAAGUGUGGAGCUCAUCGUGUUGGUCUUAAGAGCUCUUUUGUAACGAGAUCUUAUAUUUGCAAUUUAUCUUCCACCUGUUGGUUCACACUCACUAAAAAGGCCGUUAUUUAUAAAUUUGAUGCUAAUAUAUGGGAGAAAUAUUUUCGCUGAAAGGGGGAGAUCAAUAGGGGAGGCGGGGCAAGGGAGGAGGGUGACAACCCCAAUUGUUACAUUACCAAGGACCUAAAGUAAAUAAUGCGAAAAUUCGACGUCGAAAAUGGGGGGGGGGGGGGGGUCGUAAUUAAAUGAGUAUACAAUUUAACCGAAAAAGGUUCCAUUUUCAGGGAAUUUAUCAAAUGACCUGGUUUCGAAGCGGUUGGCAUACUGGGCUUCUGUUACUGAAAUGUUAAUGAUGUUGUUUGAUGCAAUUAGUACUUAAUUGCAUGACAGCAAACAGACACUCGAACCAAAACAAAUUAAACGCAGGAAAAGAGUCCUAAUACAACAGAGUCAAUACCCGUUGGCCCCAUAAACUAAAUUGAAGUGAGCCUGAGUAUCAGGCGUUUCUGCGGGAAAAAGGGAAAGAUGGAAGCGAAAAAGGGAGAGAGUUAUACUCAGGCUAAAUUGAAGUUAUAUUUCGAAAACGUGGCUCUUGUUCUGCUAAACGUUUUGAAUUGUGGGCAAAAUUAGCGAAAGCUGAUAGCGUCGGUCUUGUUGAUUAAGCUGCGCUGGGCUUGUCUAUUGACGCCGAUGAACCUUCUCUUGACACUAGAAACCCUAUGGGUUCACUAUAUGUCAGACAUGAUCUAAAUCAUUUCAAUUAAUAAUACUUAUGAACAAAUUCUUGUGGGGUUGUAUGAUUCUAAUUUUGAAUUAGGUUUGAAUUUUUACUGGGCUUUGGAAAAGUUAAUUUAUAUUAUAACUUGAAACGAUUGAAUACGUUACGUAAUCGUAACUGGAGCCAGCCAACAUAUUAGUGUAUAAUUAUUAUGUUAAGUAUGCAAAAUAAUUUGUACAUUGAGAAGGGAAAGUAUAUUAAUUGAAUAUGAAUAUCGGGCAGGGUUUGCAGUUGCAGCGUCUGGGAAAAAUACUGCUUUGUUAUUUAUCUGGGUUAGUCGUUAAUUUCCUGUCUCAGUAAGUGUAUAACACAUAAGUGUGGAGCUCAUCGUGUUGGCCUUAAGAGCUCUUUUGUAACGAGAUCUUAUAUUUGCAAUUUAUCUUCCACCUGGUGGUUCACACUCACUAAAAAGGCCAUUAUUUAUAAAUUUGAUGCUAAUAUAUGGGAGAAAUAUUUUCGCUGAAAGGGGGAGAUCAAUAGGGGAGGCGGGGCACGGGAGGAGGGUGACAACCCCAAUUGUUACAUUACCAAGGACCUAAAGUAAAUAAUGCGAAAAUUCGACGUCGAAAAUGGGGGAGGCGGGGCACGGGAGGAGGGUGACAGCCCCAGUUGUUACAUUACCUAGGACCAAAAGUAAAGUACGGCGAAAAGCCGGCAUCUAAAAUGGCGUAGAAAACUAUCCAAAGAACAAGCUAUGGGAUAGUUUCAUCUAGUUGGUUGGUUUAUUGACGAACGGUUUUUACUCUCCAACUUAAAAUGACUAUUUAGGUUGCUGUACCGUCUAUCUCUUUAUGAUCUUUAAGCCUUUUUUGUGGGCAUGGUCUUAUCUCAUAUGGGCAAGCACAGCAUCAUCCAUGCGCAUGGUACGAAAAUAUAAUGAAUGGGCAUGGGUGUAGAUCGGCUUAAAUAAAGAUAUGUAAACCUACCCGUUGGUAGCGGGACUGGCACAUGCAGCGAGCGUAGUAAUAAAUCGAACUGCUAAGACAUUUUCGUGGUGCCUUUUUAUUGAGCAUUUGAAUGGAAAUAAUUUAUAAUUUAGUGUCAGAUAAACUUGUAAAUAAUAAGCUCGAAAUGAGGUGUAAUAUGACUAUGAAUGUUAUAAAUAAUCUCAUGCACUUCGAUAAUAU